UUGGCAAUCGUUUAAAAUGGGACCGAGAAACACGACAAACAUCAUUCAGACAUCAGGAACGAACAAACCACAAAAAUGUUCAAGAUUUUCGCAGCCUUUGCUUGUGUGGCCAUGAUGGCCAGAGCAGGUAACCUCGGCGGAUACGAAGAUGAAGCCGAUUAUGCUGGAGGUACAUAUGAACACCAUGAGAUUUACUCUCCGCAGCCUUACAAAUUCGGCUACGAAAUCAUCGAUGAAUACGGCAACAAACAAUCCCGCCAUGAAAUUUCGGACAAACAAAACAUUAAGAAGGGUUCGUAUUCGUUUACUGAUGCUCACGGAAUUUCUCGUCGCGUUGAAUAUAUCGCUGAUGCUCAUGGAUUCCACGCUACGGUUCAUACAAAUGAGCCUGGAACCGUCUCAUCGCAUCCGGCUAAUGCCCACUACAUCGCUAACCCAGUUACCUAUAGCGGCGGGUAUGAAUACGGCCACCAUCGAUAAAAUAGAGUAGGUGGGAUGAAAAGGGACAACUUCAGUAUUAAAAGGGGUCGGAACUGGGAAGACCCAGAACGGUGGAAAGAUAUUAGAGCACUGGUAACGAUUAAUUUCCAAAGACGUUACAAAGUGAUAUGAAUGAUGGUCGUAUGAAUGUAACUGAGACAUGUGCUUAAUGGAUUAUUGCGGAGCGGCAGAAUAAUCAAUGGUAGAAUUAGAUUUGAAAGUGAUUUAUUAAUGUUUGUUUGGGGAAAGGUAACUUUCUGCCAUCUCUGGUAUAGCUGGAACUAUUCAGAGUUCGGUAUGCCGCGCAUUAGAGAACUUACGUAUUAGACACCGAGUUGAAUUCAGUUAGAGUUGAAAAUCGUAACUAAUAGAUAAUAAGUUAAUUGUUAAACAACUAGUGAAGUUCUGAAACUGUUUCGUCUAUCAUUCUACACAGCUAACUGCCAAAGGGGCACUCGGGCCCUAUGCUACCAAUAUACACACACAUAGUUCGCACUUAUAUUGUUAAGUGGAUUGAAUUUAUUGCCAAUUUUUUUCUGGAAAAAGUAGUCAAAAAUUUAUGCAAUGUGUACAUAAGCGAAAAUGUUAUAUAAUAAUAACAAACAAACAAACGAACCGAAUAAAUUAUGUCUACACAUGA